AUGAGAAGAGUACAAACAAAAAGUAUCACAGCGGCGAGAGAAAAGAAAUUAAGGCGCCGCGCGAUUUGUCCUGCCGAGCUGACUCGAUAUGAAGACGAUAAGCAAGAAAGACUAGACAAAGUCGCGCUAGAAGAAGUCUUGAUUUUGCGAAAAGAAAUCAAGGAAAAGGCCGAGAUCUCGCCAAAACGAUUCGGCGAAAUUAGAGCGAAGAGGCAACUCGAUCACGACAAUCAAAUCGGAGCUGCCACUUUGAAAAUGAGUGUUGGAGAGGUCACGAGAGAGUUUACAGUCACUCCCACACAGGCUGUGCUGGUGAAUUUAUUCUCUGAGCCCGAUUCCCUGAAGUUGGAGAAGAUCGCAGAGCUGUCAGGUGUCUCCAGCGAAAUCUGCGAAAAGCGGCUUCAGUUCUGGGUCCACAAAGGAAUCGUCAUCAAAGAAGAAGAGGGCUACAGAUGCGUGAGGGACGACGAAGACGUGGUCGAAGCCCGUCCGGAGGAGCAAAUGGACACGGAAGACAACGAGCAGGAGAAAGCCAAGGCCGAGCAAGAGGCCAAAUUCCAGCUGCACAACCAGGCGCUGCUGUUCGAAGACGACGACUUUGAAGACCUCCUCGAGUAG